CAACUACAACUGCUGCUCGACACAGCACAUCCAUCUUGGUCCUCGCAGUCACAUCCUCCAUCCCCACCAACGGAUCAUCUUCAUCCCCAUCAACAUGGCCGAUUUCCAGGGCAUUGCGAAGCAAUUCGUCGAGUUCUACUACAAGGCCUUCGACUCCGACCGUACUUCGCUCGCCUCGCUAUACAAUGAGAAGUCCAUGUUGACUUUCGAGGCUUCGGCACAUCAAGGCGCUCAAAACAUCGUCCAGAAGCUCAUCGACCUCCCAUUCUCCAAGAUCGAGCACCAAGUCGCGACAUUUGAUGCGCAACCCAGCAGCGAGAGCGGAGGCAUUCUAGUGGUUGUUAGCGGUGCGCUAUUGGUCGAGGAAGAGCGACGACCGAUGAGCUAUGUUCAGACCUUCCAGCUUCUGCCGAACGGCUCCGGAAGCUACUUCAUCUUCAAUGAUGUCUUCAGGCUGGUCUACCCAGCGGCCUAGGUGGCUCCACAAGCGCUGCCAGAGCCCACGACACCGCCAACGCCUUCGAUGAGAGCCAACACACCACCAACUACAAACUCGAGUCCGGAGGUUCAGGCGGCUGUCAGAGAAUUGAUUGGAGAACACGAGAUGGAGAAGAUGGAGAAGCUAGGUUAUGGCUAUUGAGAGACGCUGCGAGUAUAACGCACUGUGGGUGGCAUUUCCAAGGAGUUCGGUAAUACUCUUGGUUAUCGAUCGACACGGAAAAGAACUGCAUUCCGGCUGAGGCUCGGAUGAAUGUGCUAUUUGAAUGACUUGUGCGAAAAUGCAUCACAUUACCACAAACUUGGUUGGCCGCCCAGACUAAUCGACAGGGAGCACAGGUUGUUCUUGAGUCCUGGACACGUAAACGUCAAAGUGUCCAGUUCUCAGAAUGUCACAUACUCUUCAAGACGGCGGCGACAAGCAUUCAUCCAACGGCCUCACAAUCGCCAGGAAGGUCUAUAGCGGUACUUUCUGGCGCAAGCGUAGCAUUACUUCUACAAAUUGUGACGUGGUAUGGGACAACUACUAGCAGCC